AUGGAGACGAGGAGUUCAAAGAAGACGAGUACCACUGGCGAAAUGUCAGAUAGCUCGAAUGAGUUGGCCCAAGGGUUGGGCAGCACCCGUGGCCUGCUAGGUGGUGCCCGAGCCUUGGGCGAUGCCGAAGAUGCUACAAGCAAUGGAGCCAUGUCUUUUGUUGAUGGUGUUAGGGAUUCAGGCAACGGUGUAGCGAAUCAAGGUGAUCCCAGCGUAGACCUCAUGGGCGGCGCCCAUGUUGUUGGCAUAAUGGGUGGCACCUAUGUUGAGGAAGGGAAAGGUGACGAUGGAAGCUUGGCAAGUGUGAUUAGGAGUUUAGAGCUUGAAGAGGAUCUUUGUGAUGGUGAUGUGGGCCCUUCUUUGGGUGAUGACGCUUUGACACAAGGCGGAGGAGCAAAAGAACAGAGAGGAGGUACCAGCCCAGCUAUAGGCGCCGCCCAUGCUGCCAUGGGCAGGGCCAGGUCCCCCGUAGGCGACCCCAGGCUGCCCCGGAGUGGCAUGGGGUGCAAUGCAAUCACCUUUAGAGACGGAAAUGGAGAUUUAGGUGCGAUAGGCAACUCCAGGGAGCUUGCAGACAAGUCUAGUAAUGCCCUUGGGCGCUUGGAUAGUGCAAAGAAAUGGCCAAGCAACGAUUUGAGUAGGUCGUGCCCUCAAGGUGGUGCCCGAGCCUUGGGCGAUGCCGAAGAUGCUACAAGCAAUGGAGCCAUGUCUUUUGUUGAUGGUGUUAGGGAUUCAGGCAACGGUGUAGCGAAUCAAGGUGAUCCCAGCGUAGACCUCAUGGGCGGCGCCCAUGUUGUUGGCAUAAUGGGUGGCACCUAUGUUGAGGAAGGGAAAGGUGACGAUGGAAGCUUGGCAAGUGUGAUUAGGAGUUUAGAGCUUGAAGAGGAUCUUUGUGGUGACAGGGGCGGCGCCUAA